GAGCCAGAGCCUCAGCGGACUUUUACUUUGUGGUGACUGCUCUCCCAAACUCGGACAGACUGCCCUGUGCGCGCGCACGUGUUUUUCCCAUCCCAGCUGAAAUCCGAAUCUGGAAUUAUUGCAUUUUCAUUCGCAGUUAGUGAGUGCGCGUUCAAUAACUACAUGUGGACUUUUGGAACAUUUUAAAGUGAGCCUUCUUUUUCCUUUUGAAUAUGACAGAUUCACAUCUGGGACUGCAGAAACCCAACAUGGACUUCGUCAGCGACUACGACUUAUUGAAGUUCGGUGUGAAGAAGGAGGUGAUGCAGGGAGUCGACCGCUCCUUCGUCGGGCCGUGCAGCCAGCUCCAAAGACCGGGCUCUGUCUCGUCCACUCCCGGCAGCACUCCCUGCAACUCGGUACCGUCAUCACCAAACCUCAAUCCAAACGAGCAGAGAAAUAAUCCCGGGGGCGAACACUUCUGGAUUCCCAACAGCGGGGGUUUCCCUCAGCAAAUGUAUCCACAAGCUCUUGGCUUCACACCCGAGGACGCAGUCGAGGCCCUCAUUGGCGCCACGGCGCAGCAGGGACAUCCAUCUGCGCCCCACAACCAUCAUCCGUCGUCCUUCCAAGUCGAAUACGACGGCUACGAUCACCUGAACGAGCCUGUCCAGCAGUAUCCGGGUAUGCCGGGUCACCCCGACCUGCAGGGCUUAUCCAGCGGUCACUGCCAGGACCCUUAUCUCAAAGAUGACCAGGACAGCGCGUCCCCCGAGUCGCCCGAGGACUCGCAGGUGUUCGGUGCGCACCAUCAUCUCCAGCCACAGCACGGCCGCCACGACAGGCGAUCCUCCUCCGAGCACUUCUCAGAUGACCAGCUGGUGUCCAUGUCGGUCAGGGAGCUGAACCGGCUCCUCAGAGGCCUCGGCAAGGACGAGGUGAUGCGUCUGAAGCAGAAGCGCCGAACCCUGAAAAACCGAGGUUACGCACAGUCGUGUCGCUACAAGCGCGUGCAGCAGAAACACGUUCUGGAGCACGAGAAAACGAGCCUGGUGUCACAGGUGGAGCAGCUCAAACACGAACUCAACAGACUGGUCCGGGAAAGGGACGCAUACAAACUCAAGUGUGAGAAACUGGCCGGUGCCAACUGCUACCACGAAACCGGCUCCACCAGUGACAACCCGUCUUCACCCGAGUAUUUAAUGUGAGUCUGUUGAUUUCCUGCAGAGCGGAGUCUUUUCUGUUGACACCAAACAGCACCGUGGACGCAUCGAGUUCUAAUUCUGUCGUGUUGGUCACAAGGAGCUCGCUGACAUAAGUGUAAUAGAUGCAACAAGUCAACAAUGACAUGAAGUUUACAUGCAUGCAGGACAUGUAUGAGAAUGUUGUUUUUAAUUAUUAUUUUAUCCAGGCAUAUCUACAAUUUCUCUGAGCGUAGACACGUGAAAUCAACUAUUCCCCCUUUUACCAAUAUACCGUUUUAAUCCUGUAUCAGUUACUGCUGAAUGUUGAUUUGGUGAUUUUGCUUUGUUCUCUUCUGACGCCUCAACAAGUUGAAAUGAUGUUUUGUGUUCAUCUCUAAAAAUUCAAAUGACACCCAAACGAUUGAUGCCAGAAAUGAUGUGUCAUGUCCUUAUGAAAGUGAUUCUGCUGGACAGAUGUGGUCUCUUUAAAUAUAAUAUACAAUUAUGCAAAAAUCGUUUUUCAUUUACUAUGGAUCAAUAAACUUAUUGUGACUUUUUAAAAAAACAAAA